AUGGAAUCGAUCGCGUCGUCGUCGUCUUCGGAGACGUCUAAGAAGCCCUUUCCAUUUUUCGAACUCCCAUCCGAGUUGCGCAUUAAAAUAUACCAAUACGUGCUGUUCAUCGAACACGGAAACGGCGUCGUGGAUCUGGACUACUACAACGAUAGAAGAAUCGCCCCACGUUUGACAUGUUUCCGUGCUUGUCGGCGCAUGCACGAUGAGGCCUACCCAAUCUUCUAUGGCUCGCCACAGCAACCCUUUAGGCUGUUUCCGACUGGUGGACACAUGUACAGAACCAAGAAGCCCUUGCUCGAACUUCUUACACCGACAUAUCGCUCUGCAAUCAACACGAUCGAGCUGCGUCUAGGGCCAGGAUGGGAAAGGAUUCCUAAAUGUUGGCACACCGGUCCCUCAUUAGGCCUCGCCGAUUGCGUCUCCCUACGUAACCUCAAAAUCUUCGUCCAAAUAGACCCAACCGAUGCGACCUUCAAGGGACACCACGGAAAAGGCAAUGACCAAUACACAUAUAUGAAUAUCUCUGCAGGCUGGUUGCAAGAAAUUCUCCAGCAGGUUCCGAGCAUCUGCAAUGUCGAGAUUGAUGCAUGGGAGGGAGUGGACAUUGUCUCACCAAUGCUCAAUGCGCUGGCCUCAGUGGUCUUGACCGCUGAUAAGAGGUUGACUUGGGGUCCGCAACGUUUGAAGAAGCUCGAAGACGAGAAGCUGCACAAGGCACGCUGGGGCGUGUCAUGCGGCAUGGAGUCUAUGGAUGAUCUGGAGGAUCUCAUGACGACCAUGGUCAUAUCACGGAGUGGGCUGUAA